AUGGAUAUUCCAGGGAACGUGCAGCCCGACCGUGUGCGUAAGCGCCGCCGCCGCACAAUGGCGUGCACGCAAUGUCGCACGCGCAAGUUGCGAUGCGAUCGCGAGUAUCCCACUUGCAGCCGUUGUUUAAAGAGCAGAACCCCAAGCAAAUGCACAUAUGAGGAUGGAUUUUUAUGGCAGCAGCCCACAACUGUCGCAACUACUGCAUUUGCGACUGACAGAGGGCCCACGAUAUCUAUGCCCAGAGAUACCCCAAUUGACACACCACCGGAUUCGGGAAUACCGACCGUCUCAACUCGGACGGAGCCUUUCCCAACUAGUGAAUUACCUCGGAUGGCUAUGGCCGGUAGCCCCAUGCAUCACGAUUAUCAUGGUCUUACCGGUCAUGCGCUUGCACCACCUUACAGGGGUCGACCACACGAUAGAGAGCGAAAGGACUGUUUUUUGGAAACUGUUCUUGGUGCUCCCAAGGCUGCUGUCAAUCAGGAACCUUACAUGAACAUGGGUCUUUUACCGCGCCUCAAGCGCCCGGCGCCGGUAUCCGAGCAAGAUCGGCAAGCACCGUCGCAGGUCGAUGAUGCGCACAUUGAUGAAGAAGAGGACCCGUUGUCACCUGCGGACCAGCUAGACCUAGCUCCUCGCAUCAUGAUGAGGGGCCGUGAAACUAAAACGCGGUUUAGCGGAUCGGGCAUCUUUGCCAGUCUAGUAGCACAGUUUCCGGAUAUUAGAUCAUUUGCAGAGGAAAUCAGGCUUUCUACUCCAAUUUUCGCGCACCUUCACCCGGACCUGAGAAGGGUUAAGCGCGGGCUAUUCAAGAUGAUGGUGCUCAAUCGGCCCUUCCCCGACCCUACGACGGUUUCGCUAAUUAACAUGCUGCCCUCGCGCGGUGUAGUUGAUGAGCUGGUUGGGCUGUAUAUCAAUUUUAUCGAGUCGACUCACCGCAUUCUUCAUGUUCCAUCCUUUUUACGAGAGCUUGACCAAUUCUGGGCCAUGUUAGACAGUCCGGCCUCAAUAUCUGCUGGUUUUACAGUUCAGGUAUUGUUGGUCCUUGCCUGCGCAUGGAACCUUGCAGAUUUUGCUACUCUGCAGUCAAAAAGUGUGGGCGAACUCAAGUGCCAGUCUGCACUCGAGUGGACGCUGCACGCAGAAAAAUGGAUCCAAAAUCUCCGCACCAAGCGUCCAGAAAUCACAUCAAUGCGACUCUCUAUUCUAUUGAUUUUGGCGCGCAACGCGCAUGGAAUGAAACGCAGCCAGGCUUGGCUCACAACAAGUACGUUAGUCAAGCAAGCAAUGAUGGCAGGAUACCAUCGCGACCCAAGCCGGUACUCGCGCAUAUCUGUAUUCAACAAAGAGAUGCGACGGAGAGUAUGGACAACCAUUGUGGAACUGGACUUGCAAGUUGCUUUUGACCGGGGAAUGCCACCGUCAGUUCAAAGCUUCGACUAUGAUGCGGCUCCGGGGCUGAACAUUUACGACGACGAGAUCCACGAGAACAGCACUGAAGUUCCCGAAAGCCGGCCACCGAGUGAAGUUACCGACUCAUCAUUCCAGUAUAUCAUGAGUCGCUCAUUACCUCUCCGCCUUCAAGCAUGUUCUCUCAUGCACUCCCCACGGAUCAACUGUCGAUAUGAGGAUAUUCAGCGCCUAGAUGGUGAGCUCAACCGGCAUAUUUCUCGGAUUCCUGCUUGGGUGACACCAGACACCAACGACAUCGUCACCCAGCACAAAGUAAUACUUUGGAAAGGGUUGAUUGAGACCAAACUUUCCCAGUCUCUACUGUCUGUCCACACUCCUUUCGCCAUUGAAGCACGACGAGAACCCCUCUUUGCUCCAUCCGCGCGUACUCGCAUGGAUGCCGCGACGAGAAUAUUGGCAACCCAGCGCCGGCUACACGAGAUCUCGCGAACGCUAUCGCUGUGUAUACUUGGUGAAUGGACUAUCCACGCCUACAUUUCCGUAUGCCAAUUGCUACACACAACCGAAUCCGACACCGCUUCCCCCUCCUAUCCCGUCUCAUCAACAUUCCUUCUCCACAAUAUACCCGGCAUCCCCGAAUCGCUCCUAUCACUCGUAGAGUCAGCACUGGUCGCCUUAGAAGAGCGCUCCCUUUUGGUGACCAAGGGAGCAAAAGACUAUUACUUCCUCUCAACGAUCGUCGCACUCGUCAAAGCCCGACUCUGGCCGGCACAGGCAGCCAUGUACAAGCAGCAGGUUGUCGAGCGAGUCCUGUCAUUUGCGCAGAUUCUCUUCUCUCGACACAUGAACUGCGACCACCUCGGCGACAAGGGGGUGGGCAAUUUCAAGAACAACCAACUGGCUGCAUAUAUGGCGGCUCCAACAAUGGUGCCUGUAACACAGUCCGAAUUUGAUCCUAAUGGGAUGCUCCCGCCGCCGCCGCAAGCUGGCGUGAUACGGCCUGGCGAGUUCGAUCCUUUCUUGGAGAUCUUCGAUUGGGAGGAUCUAACAAGCAUGACGUUUCCCUGCUGA